GCCAACUGUGGCAGGAAUACAGAGCAGACCUCAGCUGUUGAACAAGUCUGGACCAGUACCAUUUGGCAGAUCUCUCCAAAUUUUUUUUUUCCAGGACGACUGCCCUCCCUGUUGCCUCUGCUUGAUCAUACACAUUCUUUAAGGAGCAAUGCAUCCACAGCGUCCUCUUCCCCAAGCCAUGCCCUCUUCCUCUCUGGGGCAGCAGCUGCGGGACAUGGUCACAGGUCUGGGAAGAGGCAAGAAUUUCCUGGGUGGAAACUUUGCCUACGGUAUCAUCCAGUCAGUCAAGGAGUGCCUUUAUUUCCUCCUCUGCUGCUGGUGCAUCAAAGAGAUCCUAGACUGACGAGACUGCGAGAGAGUAGAUGACGUGGUGAAACAUUGAUUUUCCCUGUGUUUUCCUGCGUUGGCUUUCAUAGAGUCAUUUCAGCCAGUUUUUAUUUAAUCCGGAAUGGAGCAUUUGAUCAGCGUUGCUAGCAUGGCUUUGGCAAGAAUUAAUCUCAUAUGAGAACAACCUACAAUUUUAGAGAAAAGGGUAUAUGAUGUUCCUUUUGGAUUUUCAGGACACACACUUGUAUGUUUCCAGAUGCUACAAAUGUUCAUUCCUGAAGUCACAUUCAUUUAAAUGCUGCUGAUCAGACCUCUUGACGACCAUCACUCCUCAUGUUCCUGUACCAGGCGAAAACUGGUGUGGCAAUCAAUAAAACGACUAACCAAUAGAAAAAGUA